AGAGUUGCCAAAUCCUGUCUUUAAGUUCCCCGAUCUCCGUUCUUCUACAAGGGUCUCCCUUCUCCCCUUCCCACCACAUACCUUGCUAAAGGUGCCCUAACUGUUUAAGGACACAAGCCACCGCCAGGACCAGAGGCCCGACACUUUCCGAAAACCCGUGAGCACCGCAGACAGAGGUCCCUACCAAGACCAGCGCCCACCCAGGCUCACCGUGCGGAUCUGCCUCCGCAAAAGACUCUGUGGAGUGGGAGGGCCGCAGUUUGUUGAAGGCGCUAAUCAAGAAAUCUGCGCUGUGGUGAGUAACCCGCAGCGUCUUCCGGUCCUCCGCGGUACGGAAGCCUGGGCCCCCACUCUGACAUUGUUCCUCAUAUGUGCCUCAGUGGAGAGGAGGUCCACAUCCUGGGCUGUGAAGUGAGCGAGGAAGAGUUUCGUGAAGGUUUUGACUCCAGUAUCAAUAGCCAGCUAGUUUACCAUGACCUCUUCAGAGACCCUCUCAACUGGUCAAAGACUAGGGAAGCCCUUGCUGUGGGACCCCUGGGAGUCUUGAGAGCCAUGUGCAGGAGGAUAGGUCCUGGUCCUGUCACCAUUGCUCUUGAUUCACUUAGCUGGCUGCUGCUUCACCUUCCCUGCACCACACUCUGCCAGACGCUGCAUGCUCUGAGCCAUCAGGACUCCCGCCCUGGUGACAGCUCCCCAGUAGAACAGGUGCGUGUGCUGGGCCUGCUACAUGGAGAGCUUCAUGGUCCAGGCCCCAUGGGAACAUUGAGUGCCCUUGCUCAGACCGAGGUGACGCUGAGCGGUACCGGAAGCCAGGCCUCAGCUCACAUUCUCUAUAGGAGGCCCCAACAGCGUCCAACACAUGAGACUCAUUGGUUCUCCAUCCUGUCUGACUUCAGCCUGGAUCUCCAGGGAGUGUCUCCCCUGAAGUCCCAGCCCCACCCAGAUCCUCCUACACCCUUGGUGGAUCCCACUACUCACUUGACCUUUAACCUUCACCUGUCCAAGAAAGAGAAGGAAGCCAAAGAUAGCCUGACCCUGCCCUUCCAGUUCAGCUCUGAAAAACAGCAGGCUCUCCUGUGCCAUGGUCUCGGCCAGGCUACCAGCCGAAUCUUCUAUGAACCAGAUGCUUACGAUGACAUGGACGAAGAGGACCCAGAUGACGACCUAGAUAUUUGACUGGCCAUGAGAUUUGAUUAGACUGGGGUGGGUAGGGAAACCUUGGGCCCAUAACCAUCCUUCUAUUGUUUGAGUUGGCCUUACCCUGUCCCAUCUUUGUUUCCUCCAUCUCUGGAGGCUCUUUCCUAUGACUCAUGAGCAGAGAGUAGCAUCCAGUCAGGAGAAAAAGGAUAGGAGUAGAGAGGAAGGUGAGCGACUAGGAAAUCUGCCCCUUGGGCCUAAUAAAGUUUUUUUUUGUUUUUAGUUCAACUAAAAAAAAGUGGCAGCUAUUUACGCAAGAGUUGGGAGUGGAAGGGACUUGAGGAUGGGGAGCCAGGCACCUAAGUGGGCCCAAAUAAUGAAACGGUGAAAUAAGGGUGACCAGGCACAUCAUUGAUACACAGUGUUUUGUUUUGUUUUGUUGUUUUGUUUUGUUUUAGCUGAACUAGGCAUAUUUUAGGUUCCAGACUCCCUGCAAGGAUCUCAGUAGGAAGAAAUAGGCCCUGAAGGGAGAAGAAAGAAGGCUACUCUCCAAAACAUAUUUUUUAUUACUGUACAAAAAACACACCUACCCCUCUUUUGGUGUCCUUAACCCAGCCCCCAGGGAACUGUACAUGGUGUGCAGGACUGCAGUGACCCUAAGGCAUCUGCUGCACAGGCUGAGCUCUCUGCCCCAGGUCCUUUUCAAGUGUUUGGGCACACUCACAGGCUGCGAGGCUGGGGCAAGGGGCUCCCAGCUCACACGUACUCUUUGGCAGAGUUGGGCUUAGGGUAGGAGUGAGAUGCACGGUACCCAGCUUUGCCCUCACUCCCAGGACAGGAGCAAGAGAGUAGUGCACCUCCCAAGAGAGUCAGAGCAGACCCUGCCCAGCCAAUGAAGAUGGCAGGACCAAACUCGUACCUGCGGAGAGAGGGGAUUGGGGUCAGAAACCCUGGCUUGCCUCCCAACCCCAGACCUGUUCCUUUAGGAGACAGGAGUUCCGUACUUACUUAAUAUUUGUGGGGACCAAAGGGUUAUAAAAGUCUGUGACAAUCAUAUGACCAUACCAGGAGCAAGCUGUCAAUGCGGCAAGACCUAGAGGGGCAGGAGUAUUAGAUACUGUGAGACCCAAACCAGCACCUCGCCCACCCUCACUCUUAAAGAGUUCUUGAGGUCACCUUGGACCUGUGACUCACCUGCUACGAUGAAAAUGAUGCCUCCUGUCAUGGC